AUGGCGGUGCGUGCUUUCUUCGAGAAGAGCGGCAGCGCCACUGCGGCGCCCAUCGCAGGCGGGGUCGUCAAGGCCAGGAUCGCUGGAUCGACCUACGCCGUUCACCUGCAGCACCUCUUUCUCUCGCCGAUUGUCGAGGUUGGGUCUCGCGUCUACGUUGAGCACGGCCGGGACGAGGAGUGCGUCGGAGCCGCGGUGGGUAGCGUCGUGGUGCGUGUCAACGGCAACGGAACGUAUGGGGUGUUGCUCGAUAACAACAGGCUCGACACGGCUGUUCCCGCAGAGAUGGUGGUGCUGUCGGAGGCCCGCGCCAAGCUUGUGAGUGGCGCCGAGUACGGCGAGGUGGUGGCGUGGCUACGCACGGCUGGAGUGGCGCGACGAGCGCACCAGGAGAGCAUUGCGUGCAUCCUCUAUCAGCGCGGGUGGCGCGUGGAUCGGCUUUACUUACGACCUCUGAUGCACUGCAUGACGCACAUACCCCGAGCGGUGCGCAUGUGCGUGUUGGAUAAGUCGGAGUGGCAGCGAGACCACCAUCGGCAGAUGCGGGGGCUGCUUAGGGAGCGGGUCAAGGAGCGGGACUUCCGCUACACGCUUACCAAGUACAGCGGUGUGGUAAGCGCGUCCGUGGCACUCCUCGGUAUUGCCUUCGCGUUUGGGUGGAACAUGACGACCUAUCGCACGCAGCAGCGCGCGCAUCAGCUAUCAGUCACCGUCAGGACGCUCACGCAGCCACUGAAUCUCGACCAGAGCGCCCUACAGGCGGCCCCGUUGAUGGUGCGGCAAGGCGCGUCGCGCGACCGAGAGGAGAGUGCGGUUCGGCGUAUGCUGCAUCGGCUCGAUGCGGCGCACCCCCGCAUCCCUGUCUUCACGAGACCCCACGGGUGCGGCAAGAGCACAGUGUGGCGCAGCGCCGUGCUGAAGAAGGGCGUGCCGCACGUGUGCGUCGACGUCCGCGGCACCGAGGACACGCUGCGCAGCGUUGUCAAGGCGCUGGGCGUGGAGGUGUGCGGCGACCUGCUGGACUUUGUGGAGGAGGCGUGCCGGAUGGCCCGCGCUGCGAGGGGCGAGACGCCGCUGCUCUUGCUGCGGCUGCGCGAGGGCAGCAGCUUGCAGCGGGUGUACAGGGACGUGGCCGCGCUGGCGUUCGACCGCCGUGUGUGCCAUGUUGUGAUGGAGGUGCCCACUGAGGCGCUCAGCAUGGCAAGCGCUGGGCUGCCGCGGCUGGACCUCUGCGUCAUUCCCGCGUUCAGCCGCGAGGAGGCCUUCGCCCACACGCGGCGCGCCAUCGACCCCGUCAGCCUCGGCCCCUCCUUGGACGUCGUUGGGGUGAGCCGCAGCGACGUGGACGACGUGAUUGCCGCUGUGCGUCAGCGGCGCAGUAUACGAAUGCGAGGCUACUGA